UCCAAACAAAUAUGGCUGCUUUUGAUCUCGAUCGUGUGAAGGCACAAAUAAACAAGGCGUUGGGGGAUGCCUCUGUGGUAGUAAAGUUUUCCUGUGCGACUGUUUGUCUGCUGUAUUGCUUGAGUUUUUUACCUAAUGUUUAUUCUGUGCUUGCUGUUACCCCUGGAUUCAUUAUUCCACCACAUUUCAGAAUAUGGACCUUAAUAACUGGAGGAUUUAUAGAAUAUAGAAUAUGGAAUAUGUUAAUAGACAUUGCAGUUCUUGUGUUGUGUGGCCAGCUGCUAGAACCUCUUUGGGGAGCACUUGAAUUCUUGAAAUUUUUUUUGAUCUUGGAUAUAGGAACAUCACUUAUUACAUCAGCUGUUUGUGUGAUAGCAUAUGUUGCAACAUUUGACACACAUAUGUGGUUUUUACAGUUCAGUGGCAUGACUGGUAUUUUAUCUGGGAUGGUGGUUGCAUUCAAACAGAUCAAACCUGAACAGGAGUUAGGCUUGUCCUCAAUUGGCCUUCGUGUUAAGCAUGUGCCAUCUUUAGUUGUCAUUGUAUACAGUUUCCUGUGCAUACUUGGCUUUCUUCCUGUCAUUCUUUUGAUCAUGGUUCUAUCAGGAACAAUAAUCGGCUGGGUUUAUUUGAGAUUUUAUCAGCCACGUGGCAAAGGUGUUAAAGGAGACCUGAGUGAAAGUUUCUCCUUUGCAAGCUUUUUCCCAGAGGCUGCACAGCCACCAGUGAAGACAAUAUCAACAAUUGUAUUUAACACACUGAUUGGUCUGAAAGUGUGCCACAAACCUAUCAGAACAUACGAUGUGGGGGCGCCAUCAGCCAUAACAAUCAGUUUACCAGGAAUGGAUCCAGCAGAUGCUGAAAGGAGAAGACAAAAGGCGCUGAAAGCUUUAAAUGAGAGGCUUCAAAAAUUGGAGCAGACCUCUAGUUGGCCUUCGCUUGAUGGACCAGAAGGAAAAGACAGUCCACAAAGUCCAGGUGCUGUGGAAGAGGUACCUGAAAUAGUGGUUGAUCAGGGCACAUCAAAAAGGACCGAAGGAGUGCCAAACAGUUCAAGUGUCCCAACGUAACAGAUAGAAUUUGCGCUGGGUAGAGUUGUUCAAAGCACAACUGGGUUUAAUUCAGGUAUAAUUGUCCCGGUAACAUAUGCAAUAAACCCUGGAAUAGUGCUAGACAGCUUUUGAUCAACCUGGCUCAGCUUUUGUCGUCGAUUCAACGUAAAAUAUAAAUAAUUCUAAAUACUCUCUGAAAUUGGUAUCAAGAGCAACUGAUAUACUCCGCUCUGGAUUAGGGUAAAGUCACUAGUUAGGUAAAAUAUGCAGACACUGCAGUGAGGAUAAGCGUUUAGGUCGGUUCUCUCAAAGAGAGACACCUAAGUUUAGAGUCAUUCUGCAUAGCUAUGAAUCUUGCUGCGCAGCUGGAUGUACACAUUUUAGAAGAGUUAUAAAUUAUAUUGCUGACUGAAUGUUCAUUUUGUCGGCGAAGUAAUCUAUUUUACGAACCGGAUGCAAAGAGAAAGACCUGUGGCGAGCUAUCGGUUUUUGAUAAAGCGUUAUAUGUAUAAUUUUGUCUCGUUUACAGUGUUAUUGAAUUAAUGAUCGUUUCAUUAAAGCUAUGGUGUGGUGGUGGACCGCUUUUUAAUUGAGUGUCGCUUGAACGAAACUGAAGAAAUUACAGCAGCUAGUCAGAAUCAAGGAAAAUAGUACGAGGAGUCAUUGAGACCUCAGGGUAAAAAGAGGCCAAUUGCCGGAAGUGCGGGAAAACGCAGACGACCAAGGUUUAGUUUUGUGUGUGAUUGGUUGAGAGGGUAGUACGAGUUUUCUCGAGAAAUCACAAAGCGAAGUCAAGGAAGAGCAUUGCCCGGAUGACUUUCGACAGUCAAUUGAAAAUUGCCUCACUCUAAUUUUUGUUCGCUUAUUUAUGUAUUUAUAUUUUAUGCACGAAUUAUGGAAUAAUGGGAAUCUUUCGACGAUAAAGAACGUGGCGAAAAAAAAAAAGAUGAACGGAAGUAUAAAUGUAAACGAAUCACAGCAUAGUGCCUCCCUUUCACGAGUCAUUGAUACUCUGCCGAGCUUUUCCUUGGAAGUGUUUUGUAGUUUCAACAAUUUUAGAGGAGGAGCGCUUUCUGAAAAGCGGUGCUCGUAUUUUCACGAAUUCUUACAACCAAGUCCAGUUUGUUGGGACAUGCGGAUGUGAAAAUGCGAAAAAAACGCUUUUGAUGUAUCUAUAAACAUGAUUUAAUCAUAGUUAUAAAGAGAGAGAACAAGAUUUAGUUCAGUAAAAGGAAAUGUUACAAAUAAAGAAUGAAAUUUAUGUGAAUUUAUCA